AUGGGCGGAAAGGGACGCCGCAGCCGUAGCCGAGACCACUCUAGUGGUUACCGCGGUUGGCAGCGUUACAACUCAGGGAAAGGACGCUGGCAUGAUAGUCACUACCAGGGCAAAGGCUAUGGAAGCUACCAGAGCAAAGGCUAUGGAAAAGCUUCGUCGCCAACACCCGUGAGUCGAGCAGCAUAUCUCGUGCAUGAGCUGCAGGAGCUUGGGCGCCAGCAGCAGCAAGAAGAGCAGGCAACUUCCUUGCUGCAGCGUUUUGUGGGUUCUUUGGGCCAUGCGCCAAGUCGGGAGACCCAUGAGCCUAGUAGCUCUGCAUACACCGAGCCUGGUGCGCAGGCUACGAGGGCCGCGGGUGAUCCACCUUCUUGGUUGAAAGGCUUAUUGGAUGCUUUGGCUUCAAAAUUUGGAGCAACAGACACCGCUCCCAGCUCAAGUUCUUUGAAGAGCUCUGUGGCGAACCAUGCGGCGCAGAAAAUCGGUAGUACUCCCAGCAGUGCAGGCAACAGUAUGCCUACAGCCCAAGAGUCCCAGGAACUUCUGCAGCUUAGACAGGAGCUGGAGGCUUUGAAGGAGGAGAAGGCUCGACGAGAGAAACAGGCAGAGAAGGAACGACUGCAGUCUGAGAUCAAGUCUUUGCGGGAGUCCAUGCCCGAGUUACCAUUGGAACAGGCCUCUGCAGAGGAGCCCGGUGAGUCGAACACGGUGCUCGACUGGCUCCCUGUGGAUGUAGAGCAGUGGGACUUGGAGAACGUCUUGAUCACAACAGCGCAGCAAAAAAUGUGGAUCUCCGGUGUGAGGCCUGCCAUCGCCAAAGGGUGGACGCGAACUCCUGUUGCAGUCAGCGCAUGGCUGGCGGCAGAAAAGUUGCGGCUCAGCGACGAGGACCUCAAUGUGGCCUUGCAGAAGGCAGGGCUCCAGAAGGCUACAGUUCUGAACCGUGAUCUCCUCACGCUGCGCCUCUUGGUGAAGGUGUUGUCUCCGCAAGACGUGCCUGAGUGA